GUAGGACUUGCAGUGUUAAGAGAUGCACACCAGAUAAUUUAGUGUGUUUUGGUUUCUAUGGUUGGGAAUUUCACAGAGCAAACAGAAGACACUGUACAGUAGCCAGGAGUGGAUAAUUAUUAUCUUUCCGGAACUUUCUCAAAAAGAUACAAAAAGGUGGCACGCACCAUGCAAAAGAAUGACCGGUCCGGGGACGAAAGCCAGCGGAACAGUGUGUCCGAUGAUUCCUCUGACUCCCCAGAGCCGGGGCCAGUCACCUGCAUGGAGCCCUUCCUGGUGCGGAGGCUGUCUUGCCGGACAGUCCAGUUGCCCCCUUUGGCCUUUAGACAGGCAGAGCAGUACUACUGUGAUCGCAAGUCCGAGUCAGACACAGUCACAGUUCCACCACGGCCAACGACACUGUCCCUACGCACCCCACCACUCAUCGCCAUCACCUCCGCUGACACCAGCAGUUUCGAUGUGGACAAUGGCACGUCAUCAGGUCGCAGCCCCCUGGACCCCAUGGCCAGCCCGGGCUCAGGCCUCAUCCUGCAGGCCAAUUUUGUCCAUAGCCAACGGAGAGAGUCGUUCCUGUACCGCUCCGACAGUGACUACGACCUCUCACCCAAGUCUAUGUCCCGGAACUCCUCCAUUGCCAGUGACAUUCAUGGUGACGAUAUGAUUGUAACGCCCUUUGCACAGGUUCUUGCCAGCUUGAGAACCGUACGAAACAACUUUGGUGCAUUAACUAAUCUACAGCAAGACCGGGCAUCCAAUAAGAGAUCACCAAUGUGUAACCCACCACCCAUCACCAAGACCACCUUCACAGAGGAGGCCUACCAGAAACUGGCCACUGAGACCCUGGAGGAGCUGGACUGGUGUCUGGACCAGCUGGAGACACUGCAGACAAGACACUCUGUCAGCGAGAUGGCCUCCAACAAGUUCAAGAGGAUGUUGAACAGGGAGUUGACUCACCUAUCAGAGAUGAGCCGUUCUGGGAACCAGGUUUCUGAAUUCAUUUCCAGCACCUUCCUGGACAAACAACAUGAAGUGGAGAUGCCAACACCUCAGACACAGAAGGAGAAGGAGAAGAAGAACAAGCCCAUGUCUCAGAUCAGCGGGGUGAAAAAGCUGCAACACUCCUCCAGCCUCACAAACUCGAACAUCCCCCGCUUCGGAGUUAAGACUGAGACCGAGGAUGAACUCGCUAAGGAGCUUGAGCAUGUGAAUAAAUGGGGCCUUAACGUUUUUAAAAUCUCAGAGUUCUCUGGGAAUCGGCCACUGACAGUCAUGAUGCACACUAUAUUCCAGGAAAGAGACUUGUUAAAAACAUUUAAAAUUCCACUUGACACCUUUAUAACAUACCUGAUGACCUUAGAAGACCAUUAUCAUGGCGAUGUGGCCUACCAUAACAACAUUCAUGCUGCUGACGUCACCCAGUCAACUCAUGUGCUGCUAUCCACCCCCGCCCUCGAGGCUGUGUUCACAGACCUUGAGAUCUUAGCUGCCAUCUUUGCCAGUGCAAUUCACGACGUGGACCAUCCUGGUGUCUCCAACCAGUUCCUCAUCAACACCAAUUCAGAGCUAGCGUUGAUGUACAAUGACUCGUCGGUGUUGGAGAACCACCAUCUAGCAGUUGGUUUCAAGCUCCUACAAGAAGAGAACUGUGACAUCUUUCAAAACAUGACCAAAAAACAAAGACAAUCACUGCGAAAGAUGGUCAUUGACAUUGUGCUAGCAACAGACAUGUCAAAGCACAUGAAUCUACUGGCUGAUCUGAAAACUAUGGUGGAAACCAAGAAGGUGACCAGCUCUGGUGUCUUGCUGCUGGACAACUACUCUGACAGGAUACAGGUUCUACAGAACAUGGUGCACUGUGCAGAUCUGAGCAACCCCACCAAGCCUCUCCAGCUGUACCGGCAGUGGACGGACCGCAUCAUGGAGGAGUUCUUCAGCCAGGGGGACAGAGAGCGGGAGAGGAGCAUGGAGAUCAGCCCUAUGUGUGACAAACACAACGCCUCGGUAGAAAAGAGCCAGGUUGGCUUCAUAGAUUAUGUUCACCCUCUGUGGGAGACGUGGGCUGACCUGGUCCACCCGGACGCCCAGGACAUCCUGGACACGUUGGAAGAUAACAGGGAGUGGUACCAAAGCACCAUCCCCCAAAGCCCCUCUCCUACCUUGGACGAGCCCGAGGACGGCACUCGACCCCCAGGAGGGGACAAGUUCCAAUUUGAGCUCACCCUGGAGGAGGACGGGGAGUCGGACACUGAGAAAGACAGCGGCAGCCAGCCUGAGGAGGAGGAAGACGAGGACGAGGAGGAGGAGGAGGAGGAAGAGGAGGAGGAAGAAGACGAGGAAAAUAGCUGUACUGACUCUAAAACACUCUGUACACAGGACUCUGAAUCAACAGAGAUUCCUUUAGACGAACAGGUGGGGGAGGACGAAGAGGAGGAGGUAGCGGAGGAGGGGGAGACCCUCUGCUCACAACCGUGUGCCGUGGAGGAAGAGGUAGCAGAGGGGGAAGAGGAGAAAGAGGAAACCCCCCACACAUAGCAGUUUAUGGACAGCACCCGAUUAACUGUUCUUCUUAGUAAUGACAGAUGAUUAUUUAUAGAAUAUUUUUUGGGGUUUUGUGGGGGUCUGUCUGUGUUUUUUUAUACAUGUAUGUUUCUGGUUCCAAAGCGUGUGCUGCUCUCCACCUUUGCCACUCCGCCUGUCAGCUUCGUUCAGACACGCCCACCGGUACUUCAAGUUUUUUUGCACUCAGGAAUACUGCUCUCCAUACCUGUUUGUACUAAAGUGGUGUGUUCUUAUUUCACUUUUACACCUUCCCUUUUACAAACUUAACUUAGUACAUUUAGCACAGUCCGCUCAGUGCUGUUCACAUAAUAUCACAUUUUCCUUUACCUCUGCUUCGUCUCAGCCUUGUCUAAAAGUUUAGCGGCGUUUCUGUGUUUUAUCAAGUGCCCAUGCUCCACAGAGACAGCUAUCGGUAUGUUCAAGGAUAAUCUCCCUCUCGAUUAGGCCGUUUCCUUCUAUUUCCGAAUUAGGAGGCAUUUGAUGCUGCUGAUGGCGGAUGACGCCGCAGAGAUGAAAGCUGCAGCACACGGGAGCUUUUCCAGACCCAUUUCUGAUGUGGAAGUCUUCCUUUAAAACCUAACUGAUACAAAGCUCAAACUAAACAGCCGUGAUGCUGUCGUAGACUUUCCUUUUCGUCUCGUACUGUAUGAUUCACAAUUAAAUUUAGCAAUCAGAGGCUUUCUUUUGUUAGCAAAGAAGAUCAGAGAACUUUC